AUGUCCCCAAGCAAGACAACUCCAAUGAGGCGUCCAUUUGCACUGGCUGUCCGCUUUCCUUAUGCCUCGUGCGCACUGAGCACCAGUGCGCCCGCCAAUCCCGGGCUCAAGGUGGGCCCGACAGGCUUCGGCUGCCGGCAAAAAGUUGGCGCCCGGCGCGCGGGAACGCCGGCAGCGAGGCAUCGAACCGCUGGGGCCCAUGAACAGCAUGCAUCCACGAGGCGCUGGGCGCACCGGGCCGCGCAGGGAUCUCCGGCGCCGGAGGAGGAGGGACGGGACGGAGGAGGAGGAGGAGGAGGAGGAGGAGGAGGAGGCGGCGGAGGCGGCGGCGACGGAGGAGUCUCUCGGGCAGCGGGCGCGGGGCAGGCAGGCCACCGCCACCCACCGGGCUGCACGUAGGUGCGCUGCGCGGGCGCCAGGCGGCCAAAUCCGGGCGCGCAGGCAGCCGCCGCCGCGCCGCGCUCAGCGCUCGGGGCGACCCCGAGGAGCCAGCGCCCGAGGUCGCUCUGAAGUCUUGCGCGCAGGCGGCCCACUCUCCGGGCGCCGGGCCGCCGCGACCCGCCGCACACCGCGCCCGGC